AUGCUCACCUUCCGGAGAGCGCUGGUUGUGGCCGCGGUCAUUCUGACUUGCUUCCUCGUCCUGCGGAAUACACAUUCAUCCUCGGACACGCCUGUAGUACAAAACUCACCGAAGCCCACCGGAUCAUACUCAGAUAACAAGAAGUUACAAGAUACACCGCCAGAUGUCACGCAAUCAUCAAUAGUGAAGGAGACAGCCAAGCCGGCAACGACUGGUGUGGCGUGGAAUGGCGAUAGUGGCGGGAGGGUGGCCUUGAGCAAGAAGCCCUUGACACAAUUACCGUUGGAGGACCUGAAGGCUAUGCCGAUAAGAAAGCAGUUGGCAUAUGCAUUCCCAUACGAUGUGGAUGGCAAGUUCCCGGCAUACAUCUGGCAGACAUGGAAAUACACCCCUGCGUCAGGAGAGUUCCAAGAAGACUUCCGGCCAGCAGAGGCAUCAUGGACGGAACUACACCCGAGCUUUGUGCACGAGGUCAUUACGGAUGAUAUUGCGGGCCAUCUCAUCAAGCAUUUCUACGCUAGCAUACCGGAGGUCGUGGAGGCUUACAAUGCCUUACCAAUACCUGUGCUCAAGGCAGAUUUCUUCAGAUAUCUGAUUCUUUUGGCAAGAGGAGGCAUAUACACCGACAUCGACACGACUGCAUUGAAGUCUGCCGUCGAGUGGGUGCCUUCUGAGGUACCACGGAGCACAUACGGCCUAGUCAUUGGCAUUGAGGCUGACCCUGACCGACCUGAUUGGCACGACUGGUACUCUCGCCGAAUACAGUUUUGCCAGUGGACGAUACAGAGCAAGCCGGGACAUCCGGUACUUGUCGACGUGGUCGCCAGCAUCACAGAAGAGACGCUAAGAAGAAAAGAUGCUGGUGAGCUGGACAAACUAAACACCAAGGGCGUGGUAGAGUUCACUGGACCCGCUAUCUGGACCGAUGCGAUUUUCAGAUUCUUCAACAAUGCCGAGUUCUUCGACAUGAGCACGAGUAAGGGCAAUAUCACAUGGCAGCAGUUUACUGGCAUCAAGCAGGCCAAGAAGGUUGGAGAUGUGGUGGUUCUGCCUAUUACUAGCUUCUCGCCCGGUGUGGGACAAAUGGGUGCUGGUGAGGAGGAUGACCCGAUGGCAUUUGUUAAGCACGCUUUCGAAGGUUCAUGGAAGCCUGAAUCCGAGCGUCACGUAGGCUCAUGA